AUGUUUGCUUUCUUUCAUUUCUUUUCCUUUUCGCCUCUUCCUUCUUGGAAAGACGCAGAUACUCUCUCUCUCUCUCUCUCUCUCUCUCUCUCUCUCUCUCUCUCUCUCUCUCUCUCUCUCUCGCUUAAAUGCAGUGAAUAUGUCCUUCGUUUUUGUUUGUCCUUUUUUCCAUGCGAUUCUGAUUUUUUUCUCUUUUUCUUAUUUUUAUUUUUUUCCUUAUAUUCUGCUUUUCUGCAUUUUUUAUUUUAUUCCUUUCUAUUCUCUUUUUCCCAGUUUUUCUCUGUUUCACUUUCUUCCUGCUUCUUUCAUGCUUAUCUACUUGAUUUCCAUCUCUGUGGUUUUGCUUCUUUUUUUCUGUUUCUUCAUUUUCCUGCUUCUAUUACUUUUGCUGCUAUUUUUCAUUUUUUUUUUUUUUUUGCAUCUUUUAUUUUCCCUUUUUCUGCUUUUUUCUUUUUUUUUCCUUUUUCUGUUACUUUUCCUUUUUAUGCUAUUUUUUCUUUUCUCUACUUUUUUCUCUGCUCUUCUCCAUUUUUUCCUUUUUCAUUAUCAUGUUUUUCUGCUUAUUUGCUUUAUCUCAUUUUUCGUUUUUCUUCAAUUUUUUUUUUUUUUUCCUUUUUAUGCUUUUUUCCUUUUUCUGCUUUUAUUUUCCAUUUUUUUUUCCUGCUAUUCUAUUUUUCCCCUUUUAUUGACAUCAUUUUUUCUGCUUUUCCUGUUUAUCUGAUUUCUUUUUCUUUCUUUUUUUUCUUUUUUCUACUUAUUCUUAUUCUGUUUUCUCUUCUUCUUCUUUCGCUUUUUCUAUUUGAUGCUUCUUUUUUUUUUUUUUUUUUAAACUUUUCAUGUUUUUCUUCUUUUUCUUCUAUUUUUCCGUUUUGUUGCCUUUCUGCAUUUUUUACGUUUUCUCUAUUUUUCCUAUUAUUGCUUUUUCUAACGUCUCUCUCUCUCUCUCUCUCUCUCUCUCUCUCUCUCUCUCUCUCUCUCUCUCAUUUUUCAUUUUCUGUUUUUUUCAUUUUUCUCAAUUUUUCUUUUUUUUCCUUAUUCUCUUAUUUUUUUAUUAUUUAUGUUUUAUUCCUCCUUUUUUUCUUUUCUUCUUGCUACUUUUUCCACAUUUUACUCUUUUCGACAUAUAUCACUUUUGUGUUAUUUAUAACUUUUCAGCAUUUUUCCUUUUUCACGUUCUUUUCCAUUUUCUGCUUUUUUUCCUAUAUCUUCAUUUUUUUUUAUACUUAUUCUUACUCUUUCUUCUUUUUUUUUCUUGCUUUUCUGAUAUUUUUCCAUUUUUUCCUGUUUCAGCUUCUUUCCUUUAUUUCUUUUUCAAAAUUUUUAUCUAUCCACGAUUUCUUUUCUACUAUCUUUCAUAUUUAUGGGGUUUUUUUUUCCAUUUUCUCCUCUUCGGCAUUUUUUCAGUUUUACUGUUUCUGUUUUUUCUUUCUUGCUUUUUUAUUUUUUUUUUCGUUUUUUAUGUUUUUGUUUUUUUUUUUCGUCUUUUUUUCCCCCCUUUUUUGCUUGUUUUCUAUUCCUGAUAUUUUUCGAUUUUACCUUUUCUGUUAUUUUCUAUUUUUUCUUUUUUAUUCUUUUCUGCUUUUACACUUUUUCUUUCCUCCAUUUCUACUAUUUUCAGUUUUUUGA